UUUUAUAUUGACGGAGAUCUGUUCGCCAUCUGUAGGCUGCGAACAUAAAGUUGUGAAAAUUUGUACCAUUCCGUGUGUUUUACUUCGACGGAAAAGCUCCUCGACUCAGCGGUGACUGAGAAAAUGGCUUGUUCGGUCGUGCGAUCAUCCUUGUUACGACAUUCGACGCAGGUCAGGCAUUAUGUCGCUGCAGCGGCAGCCCAGACUUCUGUUGCAACUGCUCCUGAAUGUCAAAUUUUAAGUAAUAAAGUCACUGUCGCUACUUGUGACAAUAAUUCAGCGAUUGCACAGGUGUCGAUAGUUUUCAGAGCUGGAUCACGAAACGAAUCUUACGACACGCAAGGUGUGGCCCAUCAUUUGCGGAUAGCUGCUGGAUUAAGUACGUCUUAUUCGAGUGGUUUCGCCAUAACAAGGAACAUUCAACAGCUGGGUGGCAAUUUAACCGCGAUCGUAGAUCGUGAAAGCAUCGCGUACACGUUACAGAUCACUAGGAAUAAUUUACCGGAUGCUCUUGAAUUCUUGAAGCAUGUUGCUACCAAGCAAGUUUUCAAACCAUGGGAAAUAUCCGACGAAUUACCUAGGUUGGAGUACGAGUUAUCUUCUUUACCGGAAACGACCUUGAUUUUAGAACUGUUGCACAAAGCCGCGUACCGUACGGGUUUAGGAUAUUCCUUGUUUUCUCCAAAGCAUCAGUUAGGGAAAAUUGGAACUGAAACCUUACAGCAUUUUGUCAAUACAUGGUUCACUGGGCCCAAAUGCGCAGUUGUUGGAACUGGUGUUUCAUUGUCAGAGCUUACCGCAUUUGCAAACAAUUUGGAGAUUGGCACAGGGGAUAACGCGGUUGAACCGUCGCGUUAUCACGGUGGCGAAAUUCGUAAGGAAAAAGCCACUCAUUUGACCAGCGUCGCAAUUGCCGUCGAAGGUGCAAGUUUGAAAAGUGACAAAGACGCUCUAGCGUGUGCUGUAUUGCAAAGGGCUUCUGGCACUGGAACAUACGUUAAAUGGGGACAGAGUGCAGGUUCACUGCAGAAACAUGUGUCGAACACUGCAGGCUCAGAUCCAUUCGCUGUGUCGACUUUUAAUGCUAGUUACUCUGACUCAGGGUUAUUUGGUUUCAUUUUAUGCUCGGCACCCAAUUUAGCGGGAUCUUUAACAACAGCUGCUUGCAAAUGGUUAAAAACUUUGAAUAUGUCAGACAGUGAUGUCGCUCGCGGUAAGGCUAUACUGAAGGGUGAAGUUUUGAAUGAAGUGGACUGUGGAACUGCCCUGUUGGAGAGUUUACAAUAUCAAGCGUUACUUAAAGGUCGAGUCUCUUCACCGGGAUCGCUAGUUGCCGAUAUCGAAAAGGUGUCUACGUCCGACGUUAAAUCUGUUGCCGAUAAACUAAGGAAUGGAAAGUUAAGCAUGGCUGCUAUCGGUGACUUGAGUACUGUUCCGUAUAUCGAUCAACUGAAAUAGAUUGAACAUUUGUUCUCUUUGAGAAGUGGACAACGGUAA